AUGACAACUGAAAUGAGACCAUUCCUUUGCGAUAGCAUCGACAAGUCGUUAUUACGAAGUGGACCUCAACUGCAGGAAGUUAUUUUCAAUACUCCUGGCGCUCUGGUAGAAGCUGACGCUGAAAAUAAAGUUGAUGUGUUCAAGGUUUUGGUCGAAAAGUUGAACAAUUACUUUACACCAAAGCGAAAUUCAACGUUCGAGCGGCAUCUGUUUAGAAGCAUUGCGCCAUUGGAAGGAGAACCAUUUAACAAAUUUUUAUUGCGUUUAAGACACCAAUCCUCUAAAUGUUGUUUUGGUGAAACCAAAAGUGAAAUCGAAGACAUUGCUUUGAAGGACAAAAUUAUUGAUUCUUGGGCUAGCGUAGAUUUAAGGAAACGUCUCCUUGAAAAGGAGCAAAGCUUAAAUGAAAUUAUUGAGACGUGCCAGAUUAAUGAACAAAUCCAAAAGCAAUCGCAAAGCAUGAUUUCUAAGCAGGAUAGUGAAGUGGUUAAUAAAGUAUAUUCAACUAUGCAAAAGGGUAGACGAGGUGGUGGUGAGUGUUCCAGAUGCGGUCAACGUGGUCAUGUGAGUUUUGACACAAACUGCCCGGCAAAGAAAUCGAAAUGUAACAAAUGUGGGUUAGCGGGGCACUAUGCUCGGAAAUGCAAAACUAAAGGCUUAAAGCGGAAACAUGAAGAAGCGGGGUCGGGUAUCUCAAAACAAAGGAAGUUUCAACCAUCAAAGGUAAGGUGUAUUGGGAAACUCGAAGACGAUUUUUCAGACAACUCAGGUGAAUAUGAUUGUCUUCAGGUAGAAACUUCUACGUUAAUGAAUGAAUUUAUAAAAUGCAACAUCGGGGGGCACGAAGUCACUAUGAUUAUAGACUCGGGCUCGCGGUUUAAUUUGUUAAGUCAACAAGCCUGGGACGAAUUGGAAAGUAGCAAAGCAAUUAGGUGGAACAUUCGCACUGAAACUGUAAAUCAAUUUAAAGCAUACGCGGCCAAUCAGCUUUUGAAAGUUCUGUAUGUUUUUGAGGCACCAGUGGGGGUCAGAAAACAAUCAGAAAAGAUCGCCACUUUCUACGUUAUUAAAGAUGGCAAGCAAUCUUUGCUUGGUCGCGAUACUGCCAUCCAGCUUAAAGUAUUACAAUUGGGUCUGGGGGUGAACAACGUUGAGAUGAUGCAGCCGUUUCCUAAAAUUUCAAAUGUAAAAAUCAAAUUGUCGUUGGAUCCGGCCAUAAAACCGGUUAAGCAACCAGUACGUCGUAUCCCAAUUGCACUUGAGAGAAAGGUCGAAGACAAGUUAAACGAAGCACUAGCCAAAGACAUUAUUGAGCCGGUUACGGGGCCAUGCGGUUGGGUUUCACCAAUUGUUGCUGUUUUCAAAGAGGGUGGAGAAAUACGCCUAUGUGUGGAUAUGCGUAGGGCUAAUCAGGCGGUCUUGCGCGAAAACUACCCACUCCCAACUUUCGAUAGCAUCAUGACAAAGUUAAAGGAAGCCAAGUUCUUUUCUCGCCUAGACCUCAAAUGGGCUUAUCAUCAAUUGGAGCUUGAGGAAUCAAGUCGUGAGAUUACCACUUUCAUAACCCACAAGGGAUUAUUUCGGUACAAGAGACUUAUGUUUGGCAUUAGCUCUGCUCCGGAGAUUUUUCAACGCGUUUUGGAGGAGUUAUUAUCAACAUGCAGAAAUUGUUUAAAUUACAUUGAUGACGUGAUUAUAUAUGGAAGCACUAAAGAAGAGCACGAUUCAUGUGUAAAAACGGUACUUGAGGUAUGCAGAAAAAAUAAUAUAUUACUUAAUCAUGAGAAAUGCGUAUGGGGUGUUACAAAGCUCAAGUUUUUGGGGCACAUACUAUCGGAUGCUGGCAUACUUCCCGAUCCAGACAAAAUAAAAACUAUUCUGGAUUUUAGGGCACCACAAACAAAAGAAGAAACCAGGAGUUUUCUGGGCACCACAGGGGCAGCUCCAACAGAACUCAUGUACAAUCGCGUUAUUAGAGACAAAAUACCUGGAAUACACGACAUAACGGAUGAUAUGCUGGACUCGGCAGCUAGAGACCUCGACAUAAUGAACAAGCAAAAAGGGAAAGAGAAAGGGGAUAUGGCAAGGAAAGCAAAGCCGUCCGAUAUAGCUCCAGGGGAUAAAGUACUACUUCGAAAUGUCGUUUUCUCACAUAAGCUAACACCAACGUUUGACCCCACGGAGUAUGAGGUCUUAGAUCGGGAUGGAAAUGAAGUUACAGUGAUGGGGAAUGGGAAAAGAGUUCGCCGAAAUAUAAGCCAGGUAAAAAAGCUGCCAUAUUGUACGUCACACAACCCCGACGAUGUAACUACUACUGUUGAAGACACCGUUCCAUCCACUGCCCCGGGAACGUCUUUACAUUCAGCUGCACCGACAUCGGCGCCAUCAAAGAACACAUCUUCAGGAACCCCAAACCACCUCGCCACCCACCGACCCGGAAUCGACGCCCCUGCGGAGGAAUCCAAGUUGCGCUUGAAACUUUAUAAGGAGGGAGGGAUGUGGAGAUCCGUAAAUGAAAACGACGUUUAG